AUGAAAAAACAGCAAAUCUUGUAAAAAAACAAACAGAAGAAACAUAGCCUCAGAAGGAAGGCAGUAGUGGUUUGUUAUGUAAUCAAACUAUUCGUCAUACAGACACAAUAUCACCAGUUCUCAUCACAGGCAAAAAAACCGAAAAUAUUGAAAACCCAGAUGGAAAGAACAGAUCUUGAAAUCGAACUGAAAUGGCCUCAUAGAGAAGAUUAGGCGUAUCAACAUGGAUAAAAUUCAGACAUAUGCUUGUCAAUUUUUUAUAUUAAAUCAUCGGCCAUACCACAUCGCCAGAAAAAGAAUAAAACUUGGAUCUGGGUUUUUUGAAAGAAAGAAAGUAAUUGAAGGGGACUCAGAAUAUGGGUGGUGAUAUAUCAGAAUGGUCGUCAAGGCCUUUUACAGCCAUUACGAACAAAAUCAAUGAAUGAAUGAAUGAAUCAUUCUGAUAACAGUAUCUUCUACUAUAGUAAAGGAACUCACCUCACUAACACUAAGCACAUUGUUGCUGGGUAUCUGUGCUCGAGCUCGUUUUCCCUGUGAUCCUUUAGAUUUCAUCUUUCCAAUAACAGUAUCUUCUGUUUCCCUAUUGCUUGAUAUCGAAUUCACAGAUUCAUUACAGCCCUACAAGCAUAUGAAAGAAGACAGUUAGAACAUUGUGACAGGUAAAUAAAUCAUUCACUGGGUUUUGUUACCUGAUCUCUAAAUCUAAUAGCUAUCAUGAAAAGAGAAAAGGUAACAAACAUAAAAUACCAAACUAAGAACUGUGCACUUGUUAACGUGGACAAAGAAACCAACACAAAUAAAUUCUGUUCAAAGUUCAAACCAAGAGGAAAAAGAAGGAGAAGAAAACAAAUAAUGGGAUGGAUGAAAAAGCAAUCAACCGACAUUUAUGUGCAUUGUCGCAAUUAAUUACAGUGGUUUUCAACCCUUGUUCAACCCUUAUCAAAUUUCCCAAUUCCAAUUUUGUAGAUUGGUAAAUAGUACAAAUUUGAACAGAAUCCCAACUCGAUCUCUGUAGUUUUCUGAAGUAGGAAGCCCUGCCAGUGCUUUGAGAUAAUACUUGUCCACAACAUUAUCAUUCAGGUUGCUAGAAACAAUGGCAUCCAAAUUCCAAAGAGUAUUGAAUGCUUGAGCAUUUCUUCAUUUAACCCAGCUGGCCUAAAUUUCUCUGCUCUCAGAGCAACAUAGGAACUCAGAUGCUCGAAAUGGAAAACGAAGAAAUGCAACACGUACAUGAAAGCGGAGAUAAUAACUGGCAGAAUAGAUCGAGUGUAGAGAUAGAUUUAGGGAUGGAAGGAGCUUUGCUUCAACUUUGGAAUUGAGGCAUUGUCGCAAUUAAUUACAGUGGUUUUCAACUUUCCUCUUCCGAUUUCGGGUACGGUAAAAACAACCCUAGAUCCAUACCUAACAAAUCUAAUCAACCCACCAAGCAUACUAGAAAACCCACGGAGGGCAAAAGGAUAAGUAGGUAUGUCGCCGCCUUGGCGGAGGUCCGACGGGAAGACAUGCGGUUGAUUCGACUUUCGAGAUUGAAUCCAAAAGAAACCGAUCAAGGAUAUGAAGAGGGAGGGAGAGAGUACCAGAACGACGGUGUGAGCUGGGAUGCGGAGGCCGGCGGAGGUGCGAAUCUGGAUUUUAGGUCAGGGGAAGCGUCGUCGGCGUCGAUCUAUGAAGCUCGGGACGUCUCUUGGUGUUGUGCAACGUCGAGAGGAACAGAAGAAUCGUUAGGUAUGGAUGAGGAAGAAGAAUCGCCGCCGGGUAGCGAGGGAAUGGUGCGGAUCUGGCGGUGGCGGGGACUGGAUGAGGAAGAAGAAUCGCCGCCGGGGGGAUAGCGGUUUGCGGUGAGGAAGAAGAAUCUCUGCGUUUGCGGUUGGUGGUGGGCGACCUUCAGUAAGAAUUAGCGGUUUGCGGUUUUGAACUGUAACCGUGUGGUUUCGGUCAAUCCAAACCGCGAACCACUAACAAUUAAAUGGUUAGUCCGCAAACGAAACCGAUAGUUAACGGUACGGUUUGGAUUGACCGUUGGAGCGGUUUGGAGUGGUUUGGUGAAACCAAUGCCCAACCCUAUAUCCAGGUUAAGUCUUUUAAGAACAAGGCGACCUGAUGAAUCACAACAUUGCUGCAAAUCAACUGAUAACAGGUCCUACCACCGCAUUGCUAGCCUCAAAUCAUAUCUCCAUGGCAUCAAUGGAUACUCUGGAAAAAUAUGAACUCGACUCUGAGGACUAAAAAGCAGCCACCCCAAGGAGCACCAACUCAGCCACAACUCUUUACAAAAGAAUCCGCCAUUAGAACAUAGAUGAUCAUUACUUUUGCUUGUGAAUAUGCAUCAAACACAUGCACCAGCCACCACAAAACUAUAUUGGUUAGAAACAACAAGACUACAUGGCCAACAACCGUAAGCAGACCAGAAUGGCAGCAAAAUCCUCUCAAACAUAAAGCGUCGUUGAAAAGCAACCACCGACAGGAUUCCUACACAGGAGGAAACCAUUCUCCCCAGUUUCAUCUUCACCUGUACGUUCAACAUCACUUCAUUUUAUACAUAUAUGUGCAGAUUCCAGAUAAGGGAGCAGGUGUAGCUUCGAUAGGUUCAAACCAUAGCAAGACAAACAAGUAAUAACAGCUCUAGAAGUUGCCCAAAAAAUUAAAGUAUGAAUUCAAAUCUACCUCAAUUGCGGUCUCCACGACUCUACGAUGGAGGUGGCAACCCUCCAAAGACUGUAAUGAAGCUCUCUGGGCUUGCAGGCAGCAGUUCUUUGGUGUAUGGAUGAAGUAAACCGAGAAAAGGGUCCACUUCCUAUUGCCGCGGCUUUAAGCACGGAACUAUUCAAGAAGCUGACCAAACUACGAUCACAAGUGCCAUUACACACUGAAAGUUGUCCACACUACCCACACAUUCCCAUAACCAAGUCAAAGAACAACUGAUAAUUAAAAUCCCACACUCCAGAGCAAAGACUCUUACUAACAUCAAUCACUACAGAACUUUGUCAAAUAUCUAAGAGCCUGGCUCCACAAGAUCACCCCCAGCAAUAACAAGUAAAAGGAAAAGCCCUUAACUCUCUUGCAUUGCUUCGGAAUGAUAUUUCUCCAACUCGGCAUCCAGAUCAUCAGCGGAUAUCUUAUCACCGCCACGGCCACCAGUUCUCCGCCCACGACCCCUUCCGAAUCCACGACCACCACCACGGCCACCCCGUGGCCGAGCGAAAGCACCACCCCUGCCUUGACUUCUGCAUCAGCAAAAUAAUCAGAAAAAAAAUAC